UUAAGUUUAUGAUCCUCCUGCCUCAGCCUCCCAGGGUACUGGGAUUGCAGAUAUGUGCCCCCACAUCUGGCUCACAAGUUUGUUUUGUCUCACAGUUUGAGGCAGGGGUAGGGGAGAGUGAAGGCACUGUCCCCACUGUGUCCUCACUCCACCAGCCCAGGGGAGCCAACCUCUGUCCAGGCCCUUUCCAGGAGGAGUGCACUUCCUUCGGGGCAGGGCCCACCUGAUGGCCUCAUCGGCAGAAGGAAACCCCAUUUCCAAGUCAAGUCCUCAGCAUGCGACCCUCACGCCUUCACUGUGUGGCCGUCUUUCCUCCCGCUGUCCCUGAACCGGCAUCGGCCUUGGUCUUCUCUGUGUCCUGCGUAGCCCUGAGCUCCGCGUGCUCUCUGUGGAGAACCUGUUUGCCCAGAACCCUGGUCUUACCCUCCAUACUGCGCCUGCCUCCGUCCCCCGCCCGGCAGCUUCCCGCGGCCGCUCCCCACUUCCCACUCACGGUGUGUGCGCUGUGGCCACUGGAGGGCGCCAGCGUCAUAUGGGGCCCGCAAGGCCCGGGGCUGGGAGCGACUGGGCUGGGCGCUGCGGUGGGGUUUGCUCCGUGGAGGGCAGCGCACAGCUGGGGACCCUCAGUGCCCCAGGUGCUAGGUGACAGGGCUGGCGAAGCUGGCUGGCCGCCAUGGGUCCUCCCUGCAGAGGGGCCCGUGCUGUUGCACUCCGCAGCUCUGUUUAACCCUGGGACAUCUCUCUGUGCAACCCUAGGCUGGGGGAGUCACAGCUUUGGAGGGGGGUCCUGGGUCAGGCCAGCGGUCUUCAGCAGCGCCCCUCUGAGCCUUCCAGUUCUGCAGCAGAGCUGCGCUGGAGCGGAUGAGGCGGACUGAGGAGGGAUCACAGCCCCCUCCCCCUCUUCCUCCCUGCAGGACGACAGGGCAAGGUCACAGUGUCAGGAGGGCGAAGGGCGUGUGUCUCACAAACUGGCUCCCACCCCGCGGUUUGUUUACUAAACACAGAUUGUUGCCAGGGACGUUGAGCUCUGGCUUCUGGGCUCCCAGACCGAAACUUCCAGAGGAGGCCUGGCUGGCAACCGCCCUGUUUCUCUCACCUUUGUCCUUCUGACCUGAGAUGCCCGAGUCAGGGCUGUCAGGCAGGAGUGGGACUGAGGCUGCACCCUGUGGCAGAGACGUGGUGCUCACAGGACACAGCUUCCUGUCCAGAGGGCGUCUAGGUGGGGACUCUGCCUGGAAUCUUAGGGUUCCCAAGGAAGCUGACCAUGUGGGUUUGCCUGGAAGGUCCAGGCCCAGCAUUUCCACCUGAGGCCCAAGUGUCCAGGCCCCACCACAGCAGCCUGGGCCCCAGCAGAACGUGUGGGUGCUGCAGGGCGUGGUGCCUGGGGCCUGGGCACCUUCCUCAGCCUCCCCUGGGGCCCAGUGGCCACUCGAGCCCCACCUCCCUGCCCACCUUUUCUGCCUGCCGUGUCCUCUGAGCUCUGCGCCAGCCCCUGGGAAGGAGCCACACAGGUCCUGCUCAUCCGUGGCCCCAUCCCUUGCCCUCCGUGUCUCAGGCUCCCAGGCACACCUGUUGCCCCAGUAACCACACAAACAGGCAGCUUGGCUUGGGCUCAGCCUGUAGGAAAUGGUGCGGAGCCACCCACACUGCGGGUCCUGUAGUGUCACCCACCUUAGCCUGCGCCCCACAGCCACCUGCAGCCUGUGGGAUGCAGACUCAUCUGUACCACGCUUCCUGUGGCAGGAGGAGCUGGGCAGUGACGGGAAGUGGGCUGAGUGCCAGGGACCCUCACGGGACAGGACAGUCAGCCCCUUGUGCCUUGUCAGGGACACAUGUGCCAGGUACCAGGGCCCUUCCCAUGGCCACCCUUACCCACUGUGCCCACCCGGCCCCAGCCCCAACCAUGCAGGUGCAGCAGAAUCUGCUUCCCUGUGGGCCUCCUCUGGGACGCUCCUCAGGGCUCCCACAGGGACUGACCACAACCCAGCCUUCCUCUUCUGCUGUGCAGGGGCUGCCCGCCACUGGGCACGCACCAGGCUGCUGCACAGGGACCUGCAUGUGCUGGCUGCCCAGCCCCAAAAGCCUGGUGCAGGGGAUGGGAGCCCUGUGUGCGUGCCCUCCUGUUUGGUUUCCCAGGUGACUGGUGCCGUGUUCCUGUUCCACUUGGUUGUCCACCUCGCUGCGAUCACCAUUGACCCAGCCGAAGCCAACGUCCGACUCAAGAAUUACUCCAAGCCCAUGCCUACCUUUGACCGCUCCCAGCACACGCAUGUGAUCCAGAACCUGUACUGCCACCUGUGUGAGGUCACCGUGAAUGAGAAAGCCAAGCACUGCAGCGCCUGCAACAAGUGUGUCGCCGGCUUCGACCACCACUGCAAGUGGCUGAAUAACUGCGUGGGGAGCAGAAACUACUGGUUCUUCUUCUGCUCUGUGGCCUCGGCAUUGAUAGGCCUGCUCUGCGUGAAGAUCCUCUUGCUGUACGUCUGCAUCCAGCACUUCGUCAACCCCAACAAGCUCCGCACGGACCCCAGCUACAAAGACAUCAGUACGGUGACCGUAUGGCUGCUGUUCCUGCCCAGGUGGCGUGUGCCUGUGAAGACCCCUGUGGCCCUCUGCAUGAUGGGUGGAGUGCUGCUGCUGGGCACGGUCAGCUUUGUGCUGCUCGGGCACCUGCUCAUCUUCCACAUCUACCUGUUGGUCAAGAACAAGAGCACGUUUGACUACAUCAAGCACACCCGCUUGCAGCAAGGGCCAGAGCCACCAGGGAGGACGCAACUGGUGCUGCAGGUGGAGGAGGCAAUUGCACAGGAGAAGGACAACAUCCCAGCUUCGUCUCCACAGGAGAAAGACAGCAUCCCAGCUUCGCCUCCACCUUCUCCGGGCAACAUGGCUGAUGGCAAGGCUAAGCCUGCCAAAGCCGCCAACAGGACUCCCCCAAAGUCCCCAGGGGAUCCUGCAAGGGACAAGGCAGCCAAGAGGCUGUCACAGGAAUCAGAGGGUGCCAGCGAGGGAGCUGCCGCCGCCCCGGAGCUCAGCGCCCUGGAGGAGGCCUUCCGGCGGUUCGCGGUACAUGGGGACACGCGUGCCACUGGCCGGGAGAUGCAUGGCAAGAACUGGUCGAAGCUGUGCCGGGAUUGCCACGUGAUCGACGGGAAGAGUGUGACUGUCACCGACGUGGACAUCGUCUUCAGCAAGAUCAAGGGGAAAUCCUGCCGCACUAUCACCUUCGAGCAGUUCCAGGAGGCACUUGAGGAGCUGGCUACAAAGCGCUUCAAGGACAAGAGCAAAGAGGAGGCCGUGCAUGAGGUGCACCGGCUCAUCGAGGGCCGGUCACCUAUCAUCUCAGGGGUCACAAAAGCCGUGUCCUCACCCACCGUGUCACGGCUCACAGACACAACCAAGUUCACAGGCUCCCACAAGGAGCGCUUUGACCCAUCGGGCAAGGGCAAGGGGAAGGCUGGCCGCGUGGACCUGGUGGACGAGUCGGGCUAUGUGCCCGGCUACAAGCAUGCAGGCACCUAUGACCAGAAGGUGCAGGGAGCCAAGUAGCCUACACCGAUGCUGUGGACACUGCAGGUGAUAGCCGGGAACUCACACCCAUCACACUUCAUUACAUUCCUGUGCUCAGCAGGCAGAACUCAGAGGAAGCUGAGGCCAGGCAACUGGGGACGACACCCAGGCCUGACACCCAGGCCUCCCACUGGAGCACCCCACACUUGUCUCAGACCUGACCCUUCCUUAUGCGCCUGCAGUUUCCAAACUGUUUCCCAGGAUCUCAUCCCACUGGCCACCUGGCUUGCAGGUGAAAGGGAUUGUGGGAGCUGGCCAAGCGUCGGACCAGUGGGCAGAGCCUGUCGGAGGCCAUACUGACCCCAGCAGGCAGAUGCUGUCCAGGAGCCUCUAUGGCAGCAGGAGCUGAUGAACUAACCAACAGCACAGAUCAGACUGGGCCCAUAUCUGGCGCCACAGGGCCCUUUGUGCUUUCUGAACAGAGGGUUCAGCCAAGUUUCCUGGUAGCCACAGACAGCAGACUGCACAGGCACAUGCUGGUGUGUGCUCUCACACACAUAGUAUCUGUGCCUAUGGACCAGGUCCAUGCCGAGGGGAAAGGGAAGGCUCCUUGUUUGACCAGGGCAGUUUUCAGUUUGCUUUUAUAAGAAGUGACAAGAGAUGGUGACUGCAUGCCUGUUCUCAGAGCUGUCAGGGAGAUUCAGAAUGUCUAGCUGUUGUGACCUCCUUACUUGUCUCUGUGUCCCUGGGGGGGAGACACAUGAUGCUGAGUCAUUUGGUGCAGGGUGGGCAGAGCUGCUCCUGCCAUAACCUACACUGCUGCCUACUGAGCUCAUGGGCCUCCCUCAGCCACUGCCUGGGCCCUAGGGAAGUCACAGUCCCCCCGUUUCACGCUCCCUACAGGGCAGCAUUCUAGGCAGCAUGCCCAGCCCAGGGAAGACGCCUAUGCCCACUCACCCGCAUGCACAGUGGGCCUCCGCUCAUCCACCCUGCAAGGGCACCAUGUGUAGCCUGCCUUCAGCACUGCACCUCCAUGACGGCCAAAUGGUCCUCUAUCCCAAGGAGGCUGUGGUGUGGGCCACCCGUAGUCAGAGCAGCCAUGGCCUCAGCUGUGAUAUGUGGGGCUGGGCCUGGAGAGGGUCCACAUGGCCUCAGAAAUUCCUCACGGGAGUUGGCCUGCCCUUAGCCAGUCUCAUUCCACCCAGGGAAGGUGGCUGCUCAAGGUGAGCACCAUUUUCCUGCACAUGGGCCUGUCCCACAACACAGGCAGCAGCUGACCCUUCCUCACAGCCACAGCAUUCAACUGCCUUCCCAAGAGUGCUUGGCCCACUGAGUGAAGCAGGGUCCUGAGGGUGCCACACCCCGCCAGAAAGGGGCUAUCUGGAAAGGCCCGGCCCUGCAGGCAGGCAGUUUCCCUUGGAGGUGGGAGAUCAUGGUGUCUGGCAUAUGAGACUGAGGAGUCAUGGCUCUCAAACAGAUGCCAGCUUACUGGGCUGGGGAAAGACAGGCAGGCCACAGACCUCGCGCUGUGCUCCUCACUGACCAAGGCUGGGCUCCUGUGUAGAAGCUAGAGGCAAAAAUAAUGCAUAGGAAACAUUUGAGACAACUCUGAAGGUGCAGUGUUUAAUCUCACAACCCCCAAAAGCCCUUGUGUUCAAUGCCAGUGACCUUCAUUAGUGGUCACUACGAGGGCCCCAAUCUACUUCAUCCCAUCCCACACCCCAAUGGCUCCUGCUCUCUCUGGCACUGUGGUCCUCAAGAGGCCCCAUUGGCUGACAUCUCUCGGUGUGAAGCUGCUGUUCUCUUCUGCCCAUCCACAGCCUGAUCCUCUCUGACAGCUGAGUCACACAAACCUGACCUGAAUCCAGCAGGAACUCAGCUCCAGGAGCUGGGCUAAUGUGCCUGGAUCAGGGUGGUGUUUGGAGCCCCAUGCCGUGCAACAGUUAUGGAUACACCCCUAGAAGCAAGAUGCAGAACUUGAGGUGCAGGGCACCAACCUAUCUCUUGCUCAGUGGGUUGUCAUCAGGCAAGAGUGAUCUCCAUGUGAGCACCCAGACCACAUCAAGGGCUGCUGCCUGGGAGGACAGUAGAAAGUUGAAUCUAAGCAAAAGAAACAACACAAGUGCCCAUCCUGAGGGCACCCACCAGCCUCAUGGGGAUGAGGUCCUAUCAGACUGGUCACCUGGUCCUGGUGGUCAGCACCUCAUAAGGCCCUCUGCCCAGAGCCGCAUGGAGAAGCUGAGUGGCUGGUCCACAGGUCCUGGGUCCAUCUCAGGCCCCUAAGGUGAGCUCUUUGACAGGAAAGGACCCUUCACAUCUAGAGAAUUUCCAGAAUGUAUUCCUCUCGGUUUUAUGAUGAAAAUCAAGUUGCUGUGCUUUGGUGGCCCUCCCUGUCCUGGCCUAGAGCCUGAGUGCCCUUGGGCUCCUGGAAGGAGAGCCCCCAGUCCAGGCUCUCACCACAUGGCACUCAGUGCAUGAGGUGCAUGUGUCAGACAGUCUCCCUUGUAUCCCUUCCCUGUCCCCAACAGGUCCCAAGGUUUCCUCAGACACGUGUGGGUGAGGACGGUAUCCUUCUCCAGUCAGUUUCAAAGCAUAGCUUUGAAAACACAUACUCCAUCUCCAUCACUUAGCAAGGAAGUGGUAGUAAAAAUUAAAUUGUGAAUACUCAAUGGUCACCACACUGUCAGUUUAAAUUGUAGAAUUCAUCAUGGCAUCUGUGCGUAUCUGCUGAACAAAGAACAUCUGCGUGGGCUCCAACUGCACUAUAUAAAACAUGCAUUUCUCUCAGUCCGUGAAUAUUACCAACACACAGGCAAAGUGUGUGCUGCAUGUUUAUGUCAUACCAAUCAGCUUCUACUUACAUGGUUCAGUAGAGAUAAAUGUCUAUCCACAAGAGAAACUGCAUAGCAUGCAAACCCAAGACAAACAUGUUCGCUCAAGAGGUGUCACCUGGGAGCAGGGACAGAUUCUGUCAGGAGCUGACACCCCAGAGCAGGGACAGACUCUGUCAGGAGGUGACACCUGGGAGACAGGGAAAGGUUGUCAGGAGGUGACAUCUCUGAGCAGGGACAGAUUCUGUGGGGAGGACACCCAGGAGACACGGACAGAUUACGGGGGUUGGGGGACAAUGUAGAUGGUGUCUAAGUAUCAGGGAAGGAGGAGGAUGGAGUGUUGGGGAAUACUGAUCCUAGCAGAAUAUUUUUUUAAUGCUAUAGUAUAAGCAACUAGUUAGUGGUCAAUAACAUAGUUUUAUGAAAAGCGAAGCUCGAAUUACAUGUUUAAAAUAUAGCAAAAACUUAUAUUUAUACUGGAGUAUUUUUACACCUUUUAAUACCCUAGUCUUCUGUUUGGGGCAGGUGAGAGCCAGAUAUAGGUGAGUUUGGAAAGGCAUGUGUGGUGGUUCCACUUGUGUUUCCUGCCCCUACCCAUGCCUGUCUGCUGCCUAGCCCUGGUCCCAGUGGCUGAUGGGUUGGGGUGGGCAUGGGCAGCUCACUCCUCUUACCCUCAGCAGCCCUGGGCUGCUAGGGCUGCCACCUGUUUUUAUGAAUAAAGUUUUAUUGGCACAUGGCCACAGCCAUAGGUUUACAAUGUCCAUGGCUGCCUUGGCACUGCGACUGGAACAGGGAGGGGCUGAGACAGAUGCUAUGGCCCAGACACCAACAGUAUUUAAACCAUCUUUCCCUUUAUAGGGAAAACGUGCCCGCCCAUCUGGCUUACUUCCUCCUACAGAAUCAUACAUGAGCUGGCUGCUCCCUGGCCUGCAGCACACAACACCACAUGGGGAUACUUUGUCAUCAUCUGUUCAGUACAAGGGUGACAAUUCAGCUGUACUGUGAAGUUACUAUUAUUAAGGCUACACUGUCUUUCAAACACUGAACCCCAACAACUUUCCUCCUCUGACUUACUACUGAGCACUCUGAACUCCAGUGGUUCAAGGGUGUGGCCUUGUUCGUAGGCAUGUGACAGGGAGUCAUGACAGGCAUUUUGAAAUGCUUAAGUUAACUCACUCACUCUUUUAGACCUCUUAAAAAACUCAGCCAAGCCAAACAAAGGAAACUUGCACAACUUAAACUUGAAAGGGAUAAUAUGCUACUAGUUUGUACUAAGUUUUUUUCAAGAAAGGGAAACAAAUUUAUAUAUAUAUAUAUGCAAUAUAUUUUUACACUGUUUUAUUAAUGUUAGGGAAUACAGAGCGCAUCACUUCAGCAGUGUGUUGGGUAACGUUGAUGUACUGGGUGUUCCAACUCAGAAAGGCACUUCUGCAGGUGUCCAAACCACACUCACCAGGAACAUCUAUGGGGUCCAGUGGCCCCACUGUCCCUCCCACAGAGUUCGAGGCAUUGUGUCACCUGUUGGACUUGCUCUCAUGGCCUGGCUUGUAAACCAUUAGUGAAACAGCUCGUGUCUGUUUGCAUAUCGUUCCUCGUGUGUUUGCUGUUAACAUUGUGUGUCAAAUUGGUAAAGUGAUGAAUAAAGAUGUUAGAAUGUGGA